AUGUCUGAAUUCAGAAGGAUCGUGAUGUCUUCAUUCCUGAUGCUGCUGCUCCACUUUCCAGCUGCAGCUGGGAACGAAUACUACCGCAUUGUCAGAGCUGGAGAUGAAGUCACUUUGCCUUGUGACAAUGUGAUACAUGAUCAGGAUAAAUGUGAGAGUACUAGGUGGCUCUUCAGACAUUCAAGAGGUUCACCAUACCCACCAGCAGUGACGCUGUUUGAAGACGGACAGAUUCACAAAGGAGCCAAAGCUAAAUCAGACAGACUGAGAGUUACAGAGAAAUGUUCUCUGGUUAUAAAGAAGGUCACAGAGGAGGAUGCUGGUUUUUACGUCUGCAGACAGUUCAGAUCAGGAGAACAACAAGGUCCAGACUCUGAUGUUCUUCUGUCUGUUGUUUCCAUUAACACAUACAGGUCUGAGUUGUUUACUUGUGAAGUAACUAAUGGUUACACAAGAGAAGUGCAUCUGUUUCCCUUCAGCCCUCAGUCCUCAGGCGAGGACACAAAACCAGCAACAACUAAAAGCAACAUGAACUCAGGUGAGGAUGCAGGGAAGGUGACUUCAGUGUCACCAACAUGGACAACAGUGAGAAUGAGAGCAGCCGGAGAGACGACCAACACUGCAUCUGAAGACAAUCACACAGAACAAGAGGACAACAAUAAAGGUCUCUUGAGGCUCAUCCUGGUGUCUGUGGGGUUAGCGGCUCUCAUCAUCACCGUGGUUACAGUCAACAUAUGGACAAGAGCUAAAGGGAGCAAAGCACAGACGGAAGAAAACAUGGAGCAGAAUGAUGAAGAUGAAGAUGAGGCAGAGUAUGAAAACAUUGGAGGGGCUUCUGCCUCUGUGUGACUGAUCAACAACAUCAACUCCCCUCAGAGUCCAUGCUGUCAAACAUCACCUCCUCAUAUGUUACAGGAGAAAACAGGAGAACCAUGAGAUCAUUGGAACAUUUCUGAUGCCUGAGAACACCUGAGCCCCACGAGAGGCCCUUCAGAAACUCACCUCCAUGUGAUAGGAGACACAGCUUAUUGUAUUCAUUCCUUUCUGAUGACUGAGAACACCUGAGCAGUGUUCAUUUUGGCAGCUGUUUUAGAUUUACUCUUUAGACGAAAAUGGUUAUUAGUUUUAGUCACAUUUGAGUCAUUUUCAUAGUUUAAUCUAGUUUUAGUCGACGAAAACUCAAAACGUUUUAGUCCAGUUUUAGUCGAUGAAAAAUCAUUACGUUUUAGUCAACUUUUCGUCAAAAUGUUUUCUCUCUUCAAACUAAUUCAGUUCGGCAAAUACAGGAAUCUGAAAUCUGAAUCAAGGUGACAGCAUCAAGUGUUGAAAUUCAUAAAGCAACAUUUCACUCUCUUAACACUUUACUUUUAACGGUAUGCCUACUACUCUUAAAAAUCUGUGUGCAGGCCGCUGCAGCGUGUCUGUUAGGCCCCACCCCCCGCACACAGAGAGAGAGAGUUAGGCCCCGCCCCCGCACACAGAGAGAGAGAGUUAAGCCCCGCCCCCUGCACACAGACGACACACUUCAGAAACUCACCUCCAUAUGAUAGGAAGCACAGCUUAUUAUAUUCAUUCCUUUCUGACUUAACGUCCUUUAAGUGUGCUCUCACAUUCACAUACAUAGUUAUAUUACUGCUUACACUUAAAACUUAAACCUCCAGCUGUUUAUUCUGUAUAUAAUGUCUUAUCACCAUUACUUGUACUCACAGUACAUUUGUAUUCGUAUAUCUUCACUUCUCACUAUAACUGCUGCACAUUUUCAAACAUACAAGCGUUGGAUUGAAUUCAUAAAAUAUCUAAAUUCUAAUCUAUAUGUUUUCAUUGUACUUUCAGUCAAACUUGGUCUAAUCAAUUUUAAGAAUGUCUUUUAUUUGUUUUUGUUAUUAAUGAUUCAUAAAAUGUCUUAUAGUUAGCAUAGCGUGUACUUAUACCUACAGUAUAUAUACCUGUACUGCCUACUGUAACUGCUGCACAUGCUGUAUAUAUCUGAUCAAUAGUCUAUACCAUAUAUUUACUAUACUCACUUUUUACUCUAUGUGUAUUCCUAAAGCUGAAAUGCCUCCAGUAUCUUAGGAUGUUUUAAUUAGCUUAAGUCCUAAUGGAAUAUGUUACUCCUUUUUUUUCCUACGGCUUUAAUGAAAUAUAAUCCAAAUAAAAAGAGUACUUUUAAUGAAUGUUA